AUGCCUCACCAGACCGGGCGCAUUGUGAGCAGCCAUGGUCACCGGCCACCUGCCUCAACCCCCGAGGCGGCAACUGACAACGCGGAGCAGUCGCCACUGUGGGAGACGUGCGCCAGCCACGACAGAGAGGUCGCACAACCGUCCACGGGUAGUGGAACAAGAGAAGAUGAGGCGGCGAUGCAGAGGACGCUGGGAGGCCGGUAUAUCAAGAAACCGCUGAACGCCUGCAGGAUUUACAGAGUCAGAGCUAGAGGAGCCAUCAAGCAGGAUGCAUGGCAGUACCAACGCAGGUCAGCGAACGCUACAACCAUCCUCGGCGAGAGUAUGGUGGCGAGAGCUAUCGGAGGCCAGAGACCAAGCGCCGUCCUUAGGAGAAAGCCAGAGUGCACAAGAAGAUGA